UCAGGAGCUCAAGUGGUCAUCAAUUUAUUUGUGACCAAACAGUUUGGUCAACAAAUCAUACAAUUAUUUCCAACGAAUCAAAACAAAUGCAAUAUUUUAUCCAUAAAUUACACAUAACUUUGAUGUCAACUAAAAAUUAAAUUCAAUUUAUCGCUAAUUUUUUGGAUCAAUUUGUGUCCAAUCAAUGUAUUCAAUGUGUGAUAUUGAUUGUUGUCAUUAUAAAUGAAAGUUUGGAUCAAUUGGUGAUCAUUUGAUUAUAUAUUGUGUCAAUCAAUCAAUCAAUCAUUAAUUGAAGUCAUCAUUGAAUUUGAGUUUAUUAUGAAAUUCAUUGUCAAUGAAAACCACGUGAACUCAAAACAGAUUAAGAGUUGAGUUAUUAUUUUGCGCUCAAAAGCACUGACUGUUUGUCUGUUUGUUUGUCUGACUCUAUGAUUGACUGACUGUUUGUUUGAUUGGCUUUUGCUCUCAAUUUGUCUUUACUUUCAGUCAUUUGUUUUGCUUUUACUCUUCUGUCCGACACUUUGUUUGUGUCAGUCAUUGAUGACAAUAACAAUGGUCACAGACGAUGAUAUUGAUGACUAUUUGGUCUCCAUUUUUAUCGAAGAAACAUUUGCUAAGAAUGAACCGAUAAGAGAGAAACCAAUUCAAACAAUAAUAUCAAAGGUAUGGAUCAAAGACAAGCGCCCGAAGAAGGAAGUGGUUCAGGGCGUUGAAGUUAAGAUAGAACCAGAGUCUAGACUUACCAUUAAUGAUAGGUUUACCCAAUUGGGUAAAUUGAGACAAGAAGCAGGUAUUGUGUUUGAAACAGACGAUAUCAACGAUGACGACGAAGAUUUUGAGGACAUUGAAGAAGAAGAAGAAGACGAAAUGACAAAUGAAGAGUUAAAUUUAGGUAAAUCCCAAUCGAUUAGUCGCCCAAAUAAACGCAAUAUUACUAUCAAUUUGGCAAAGAAGUUAAAAAAGAGAUCGAUAGCCAAUCGGUUGGGCAUCGCUUAUGUACCAACAAAUGCUCGACGAAGACUUAAUAAUAAAGUAUCGAUAGUCAAGAAGAGUUGGUCAGAAAAAUUUGGUCAACUUUUGGCUGCCCGUAAACUCUUGUAUUUGCCUUUACUUAACCGAAAGUAUAACUCCGGACCGAAGCGAACCCGCGAAGAACUCGAUGUCGAGUUGGAUCUCUAUAUGGCGGAAGUACGCGAAAGAAAAGCCCAACUUAUGGCUAAUGAAAUUUCAAAUGCUAUGAAUGGCAAUACUAAUGGUCUGGAAAAUGGCAUCACAAUUGUUGAUCCCAAACGAGUGUUUGGCAACAGAUUGAAAAUCUUGAAACCAAAGCCAAAGGAAGAACCGGAACCAGAGAUAACUAAAGAGUCAUUAGAUAUGGAGAUUGAAUCAUAUAUGGGACUAAAGGGAGAGUCCAGUGUUGUUAGUAGUAAUGGUUCUCCAGAUCAGGUAAAUCGCGAGUCUCUGGACAUGGAUUUGGACUCAUAUAUGGCAACAGUUAGACGAAGAAACAAAAACGCAAUUAAGACCUGAUUUUAAAUGGUGUCAUCAAUCAUGUCAUUAACCAAUGUUUAAUAAUUCAGAUAUUUAGUGAUUUCUUAUUUUUUUUAUAAAUAUCAUUUGUUUUUUGUUUGUUAUUUGACAUCAU